AUGUCGACCGGGGCGUCGGUCCGGCGCAAGCGUCGCGUGACGUUCCAGAACGUGUACACGCCCGCCGUCGUGCCGCCGCGGCAGGUCGAGAGCUACGACGACCUCGUGUUCCAAGUGGCCGGGCUGUUCCACACGACGUCGUUCCUGCACGACGUCGACGCCGCGUGGGGCGACGACGCGGACGACGACGACGAGUUGACGACCAGCCGCUCGUCCGGCGACGACGGCCCGGGCGGCCGCGACGACGCGUUCGACCCGACGCUCGAGCGGUCGGUGCCGCUCAUGAUCGCCGAGUUCCUCUACCGCUCGGCCAUGUACUUGGGCCACCCGCGCGGGGACCGGCCGUGGCUGCCUGGCUUUCGACAGGACAAGCGCUUCUCGGGCAACGACGUCAAGCGGUGGCGCCGGCUCGCGCACUUUGACUGGGACGCGGAAGAGCGCGCGUUCCGGCGGCAUCACGUUCGCGCCGACGCGCGUGGAGCGCACGGGCCGAGUCGCACGCUGUCGGUCGAGUCGAAUGGCCACACGUCGAUGCUGUCGACACUGGGCGCGAGUUUCCACGGCCGCCGACGGAGCAGUUGCAGUCGCAGUGCUUUGGCGGAUGGCGAGGCGGACGCGCGAGGGCCCGAAGCCAGUCACGGGCGGAAGAAGGACAUGCUGACGCUCCGCAGUACCGUGAGCAGCUGGAUCCGGAAACACCGGCGGCCGUUGUUUGGCCACGAGGACAAGGAGGACAAGACAACGGGUCUGCUGUCGUCGUCGUCGUCGUCGUCGUCGUGUUUGCCGACGAUAGGAGCAACAACAACAGCAGCAGCAGCAGCCGAUGUGCUCGAGCGAGACGCCGAGACGGACGACGGCAAAGGCAAGAAAAAGAGGAAGCGCAAGCCCGUGUCGUGGCUCCACCCGCCGCCCGUGUCGUCGUCACGGGACCUGCGGCUGGUGGUGGACAUUAUCAACUCGUGCGUCUACUGCGGCGAGUUUCGCUUCCGGAAGCGCGACAUUGUGCGUCUUUGCAACGUCCGAAUUUAG